CAGUGUGGGCACACUCGCAGUCCGGACGAAUAAUCUCAAAUUGCGAUUAUUUCAAUUUGCCUUACGGUUCAGACGAUUCGGUUUUGAAGAGCGCAUUUAAAAAAAAACUAUUUAAAAUGUUGCAAGGCGUUUGUUGCAUGAACCUGAACACCUAUGGUAUGGUGAUUGGAUGGCUGGGCGCGAUCUCGUCCUUGAUCGGAACGAUUAUCCUGUCCGUUGCUUUAGGAUUCACAGAUCAUUUGAUCCAUCGACCUAUAUAUGAUCCCUAUGAUCCCUAUGAUUCAUAUAGUUCGAAGGAAACUGCUUUGGCUGUGCUGCCUGUGGCUGCUCUAAGUGUUUUGUUGGUCUUCAAAGUGAUCAACCUGCUGUCUUCGGUCUUGUUGAUCGUCGGAACUGUUAAGCAACGUCAUCUUCUGCUGCUGCCAUGGAUGAUCAACUCUUCUGUGUUUUUGGUCAUUGCAUCCUUCGCUCACAUGGCGAUGUUCAUCGGAUUGAUGAACACAAAUGGUGCCUUUCCUCAAGCGCUGCUCCCGAUCAUGCUAAUAGGGUCUUUUCUGGCUCUGGGAUGGUAUUUGUACUACGGCAUAUACUCGCUCUUCAAGCAAAUUCAGGCUUCCAGCAAGAUUGAGCGCCCGCUUAACCCUCCGCAGACCUUAAUGCUCGAAAAAACUUCUCCCAUCUACACCCAGUUCUGAUAGGUCUGGACAUCAAAAUAUGAAACAUUUUUCGAAUCUUCGAAUCUUCUAAA